AUGAAUGCGAUCCGCCAGAUUGAAGCUCUGAAUAAGAAAGAGCUCGAGAAUGCAGUAUCUCCAGAAGCUUCCUGGCACGCUGAUUACCGCGAUACAGCCUAUGUCUACAUCGGGGGCCUUCCAUUUGAUAUCAGUGAAGGCGAUAUUCUAACAAUAUUCUCACAAUACGGCAACCCAGUGCAUCUAAACCUAGUCCGAGAUAAAGAGACUGGCAAAAGCCGAGGAUUUGCAUUUCUUAAAUACGAGGACCAACGAAGUACGGAUCUGGCGGUUGACAAUCUUGGAGGAGCUACAGUGCUAGGCAGAGUGCUUAGAGUGGACCAUGUUCGAUAUAAGAGACGUGAUGAUGAAGGGACGGAAGAUAACCUUGCGAACGUGGAUGAUAACGGGGAAAUGAGAGGUUCAGACAAAGAUGCAGAAGAAGAGAAGGAAAAAGAGAGGAGGAGUGGUCGACGGAGGUCCGGACGGGAUGAAUCUGAGGAUCAAAAGAGGCCUGCUCGUCCGCUACUGAAGGAAGAGGUGGAGUUACAGCGGUUAAUGGACGAGCAUGACGAAGAGGAUCCGAUGAAAGAAUAUCUUAUAAAGGAGAAGAAGGAGGAGGUUGAGAAUGCAUUGGCGCUUGUGAAAGCGAAGAGCAAGUCGAGUAGGCGAGAUCGGGACCGAGAUCGCAGCAGGGAUGGUCAUAGGUCGUCACAUCGCCAUCGACAUCAUAGGAGAAGACACAGUGAGGAACGAUCGCGGUCGAGGGAAAGACGGUCGCCGCAUAGGAGCAGGAAGGAGAGGACUAGGGAACGGUCCAGCGAACGGAGACAUCAUCGUCGAGAACGACGGGAUAGAAGCUGA